UAUGAUUUAAAAUAUUUUUGUAAAUAUAAUCCCAAAUUUAGAGGGAUAUAAAAUAUAUUUGUAAAAAUGGUAGAUAUCGGUUUCGGGAUUCCGUUACAAUCGAAUUUAAAUAAGUUUAACCAUGAGUUAGAGGGACCUGACAGGAGAUGUGUUUGGUUAUCGCAAGAAGAUUUGGUUCCAGGCAAUUUGGAGGCCAUAAAAGACAUGUUGAAAGCGGAAAAAACUCCGCUGAGAUAUUGGUUGUUUCUCGCCUCCUCGUAUAAGUCACUAGGACACUCAGAAUCAUCAGAUUCUCUGUUGAAAGAGUCAGAAACCAUGUUUCCCAAUGAUCAAAGCGGGCCACUUUACUCAUCUUUGGCAUACCACAAUCUAACACAGGCAUUCCAGUUUAAAAAUGACGAGGAACGACAUACUAAGUACAUGGACUGGACCACCCACUACGCCAGAAAAACUGAAGGUGAGUAA